GGUAAUCAGAUUAGGAAAUAGAGUCGCCCACAGAUUUUCUUCCCCCGCCCCAUCACCAUUUUGUGGCCGUUUCUAGUGAGUGAGACAUAAUUACAUAUUCACUUCAACAUUUCGCAGAGUGGAAGAGACUUAACAACCUGCAUUUGGUUCCACCUGCCGUUCAAAAUCGUGUUGGAAGCCAACGAAAGAAAGCGAAAAUGGUGGUCGUCUCCGGUGCCGACGAAGUUUCAGACAGUACCUCUCCAACUCCAAGUUAUGACCGAAUAAAAGAGCUAAGGGAAUUUGAUGAAACCAAAGCAGGUGUGAAGGGUCUCGUCGACAACGGUGUGGAUAAGGUCCCUCGUAUCUUCGUCCACCCACCCGAAGCUCUCCAUGACCUGCCCUCUCGUCUGGGCUCUACUCACAGCUGCCGUCAGACCCAUCUGACGAUUCCGGUCAUAGACCUCCUGGAAGCCACCACUAGUCGAAGGAAGGAAAUAGUAGACAAAAUCCAGGAAGCAUCAGAAACAUGGGGUUUCUUCCAGGUGGUGAAUCAUGGUAUUCCUCAGAGUGUGUUUGAGGAGCUGCUGGAAGGGGUUCGAAGGUUCUAUGAUCAAGACACAGAGAUCAAGAAACAAUCCUACACUCGCGAUCUCAUGGGCAAGAAGGUCAUCUACAACAGCAAUUUUGAUCUCUAUAGCUCUCCUGCUGCCAAUUGGAGAGACACCCUGUAUUGCGAUAUGGGUCCUCAACCUCUCGAUCCUCAAGAACUGCCUCUCGUUUGCAGAGAGAUAUUGAUGGAGUACUCGAAGCAAGUAAGUAAGUUGGGAAUUGCUUUGUUUGAGUUGCUGUCGGAGGCUCUGGGGCUUAACCCCAAACACUUGAUAGACAUGGGUUGUGCAGAGGGUCUUGCUAUUCUCUGUCACUACUAUCCUGCCUGCCCUCAGCCUGAACUUACUCUCGGCACUACUAAGCAUUCAGACAAUGAUUUCCUCACUGUCCUUCUUCAAGACCAAAUCGGUGGACUCCAAGUUCUUCAUCAGAACCAAUGGAUUGAUGUUUCCCCUACGCCUGGAGCUCUCAUCAUCAACAUCGGGGAUCUUCUGCAGCUGAUUUCUAACGAUACAUUUAAGAGCAUAGAACAUCGAGUGGUGGCUCGCAGCAUAGGCACAAGGAUUUCAGUGGCAUGUUUCUUCACCACAGGAGUUCAAUCAUCCACAAGGGUUUAUGGACCCAUCAAGGAGUUGUGUUCAAAAGAUAACCCACCAGUCUAUAGGGAAACCACCCUCAAAGAAUAUACUCUGUACUUCACAGCGAAGGGACUUGAUGGUACCUCUGCUUUGUCACAUUUCAAGCUGUGAAAUGUACUUCCUUUUAAAGACGAUGAUAGUAUUGAUGGCUCUUAGUUUGUUUAAUUUUAAGUUGUCGUAGUGAUAAUUUAUUCUCACUGUUCUUGUAUUAUAGGCGUAUAUCUAAUAUGUGGUUAAUCUCAAUUUCACACACU